AUGUGUCACCGCCAGUGCCUCGAUUCCAAGAGGCGAACGUGGCACUCGCUUCCUAUAGACCUAGGUGCCCCGUCUGGCUCCCUGUCUCUCCUGGCUCCACCCGCAGAAUGCCGGCUCGGGAGGAACAGAUUCGAUCUCCACCAAGUCUGGAGUCCGAACUUAGGUCCUCCGUUCGGCGUGUGGAGUUGCGUGCGGUGUGAGUGCGUGCCGGUGCAGAAGAAGAGACGGACGGUGGCGAAGGUGCAGUGCCGGAACGUGAAGGAUGAAUGCCCUAAAGCGACCUGCAGGGACCCUGUCAUCCUGCCCGGCGCCUGCUGCAAAACAUGUCCGGAACACGAUCACAGGCCAGCUGACUUCGCCGUGCUGCUGAACGGGCGCACCUCCCAGACGCCCAUGACCACGUCCAGAGUGGCCACGGGGCGCCUCUCCCUCCGCCGGAAGACGCUGCAUUUCUCCUUCCUGCUGGAGGACGGCUACCCCACGCCGGCGUCCAUCCAGUUCCUGAGCGAGGACGGGAACAUUCUGGAGCAGCUGGAGGCGCAGCCGACCCCCUACGAGGCGACCAACAACAGGGUGUGUGGCACGUGGACGCGGGUGCCGAGGGAGUACAGGGCGUUGCUGAGGGAGGAAAAGAUGUGGGUGGCGCUGCAGCCGCCCAGCGACCGCGACGAGGACGUGAUCAGCGGGCAGGUGGCGCGCUACGUGGGCGUCGACACCGAGGUGUUCUCGGCGCUGCUGCGGCCCUCGCCCGCCGCCAACCAGACGCUGAGCGGCGGCGGCACGGCCAUUAUCUCCGUGGACGCCCGCACGGACUCCCUGCACAUCAGCCUGGUCUUCAACGGCAUCUUCGGGCCGGGGGAGGCGCACAACGCGACGCUGGUCGUGGAGCUGACGCCGCAGCGCGCUCUCCCGCCCGUCACCGACACCGUCGUGCUCACCAAGGUCUUCUCCGACAUCAACCGGGCGGAGUUGCUGACGACGCUGGGCGACACCAGCCUGCGCCUCCUCACCCGCGGCCUCGUGAGCCUGAAGGUGUGGAGCCAGGGCGCCCCCGAGCUCGCGCUGGAGGGCAUGAUCACCCCGAGGGCCACCUGCAACGUGUACUCGACCGUCCUGAGCCCGCCGUCUCCCCCGUCUCGCCCGUCUGCAGACGCGGGGACGGCGGCAGCGCCCCCCGCCUACGGCUCCGGCUGGGCGCUCCUCACGCUCUCCAACGACGGCGCCUUCCAGUACCAGGUGUUCGUGCAGGGCCUCGAGGUGAAGAACCUCACCCUGGAGACGACCCACCGACGGCGACACCGCAUAGUGGACAACAUCACGCAGUUUUACGCGGACUCGUGGGCCAACGGGACCUACAGCCGCCCCACCUACCGCGACUUGGACGCGCUGCUCCGCGGCAAGCUGGAGGUGGUGGCGAGCAGCGGCGACGGCGGCGAGGAGCUGCGCGGGAUGCUGGUGCCGCUGUCCAUCACCGAGGCGCUCCGCUCGCCGCAGCCCGUGCUGCUGUCGCACCCCGAGCUGCCCAUGGCGGCCACCGUGUGGGUGGCGGUGGACUCGGCCUGCGUCAUGCACUACGACGUCAUGGUGGCCGGGACGCCGCCGGGCAAGGCGCCGGAGCCCUUCUGGAACCUGACGCUGCGCGAGGAGGACAGCUCGUGGGACCCGCGCUUCGACAUGAACGUGAUCCGCCUCGAAGACAUCGUGGAGGGCUGGGAGCUCUCGGCGCACUCCACCGUGCUCAUGCCCAUGUCGCUGUCCCGCCUCGGCAGCGGCGUCUCCUACCUGGACCUGGCACUGGUCCAGCCCGACGUCGAGGCGAGCCCGCCGCCCCUCACCGGCCGCAUCGCGGGCGUCUCCGUGCCGCCCGCGUGCCUCCUGGCCAGCCACAACGAAGCCAACGUGCCGGAGGAGCGCAUUAGCCCCGUCGACACCAACUGCAUGAACCUGACCUGCAUGGACGAGGAGCUGCCCAGGCCGGUCGUCUACAAGUGCAUAGAUGAAGACAUGAACAUCUUCGAGGACGGCACCAGCUGGCCCUCGCCCGUCAACCCGUGCUCCAUGUGCAUGUGCUCGAGGGGCGUCGUCAAGUGCGUGGACUUCGUGUGCCCGAGACUCGAGUGCGAGGACGCCUACACCCCCCCGGGCGAAUGCUGCCCCGUGUGCCCAGGCGGAAACGACGUAGACACGGGGAGCGUCUGUGAGCUGAACAACCUGAAGCACCGAGUCGGGUCGAAGUGGCACCCAUUCCUGGCACCCAAAGGCUUCGACACCUGCUCCGUCUGCACAUGUCUGAUGAGUCGCGCGGAACAGCCGUACAUCGACUGCUUCAGGUCCUCGUGCCCUCCCCUGCCGUGCCCUGAGAGCGAGAUCGUAUCGAACCCUUCGUCGUGCUGCCCCGUGUGCCGUGAGACCGAGCCCGAGAUGCUGCUGCCGCCCGCCUGGUCAGAUAUGCCCAACGACAGGCAGAACGUCCGGAGCAGACAGCAGCAGAGGGAGGACAUCUUGAGAAGAGGAGGCUGUUCGAGAGCACUGAGUUCCUAUGAAAACGGAGAAGAGUGGCACCCUAGAGUGGCGUGGAUUGGAGAUUACAAAUGCGUGACCUGCAAAUGUAAGGAUGGCAACAUCACUUGUAGUUACCUCCAGUGCCCGAAGCUAAACUGCCAAGACAAAGUGCAAGUGGGACAGGAGUGCUGUCUGCGCUGCGCCAACCGGACCAGCAACGCCCCCGUCUUCGAGAGCAAGUUGCGCGGUUGGCCCCGGAGUUCGAAGAAGAACUCGCGCAAGAAGAAAGGCAGCUACAGAAGGCGGAAUUCAGGUUAAUGCAUUGCUGUUGCAUGACUGACUGUAGUGAUACUGUAUAACUGAAAGUCAAUAUGGAGGAAAAAAAAUAAUGAACUGCCGAAUGAUUUAGGCAUUUUGGACAUUAAAAAAAAGUAUAUAUACCCCUCCCUAUUGAGCUUAUCUUCUGUUCUUGUUACUGGGAAGUCAAACUUGCACAGAUGCCUUUGGCCCCAGUGUGGCAUAGGACGCCGUAGAGAAAAGGGAAGGACACAGCCAUGCUCUGAAGGAAUGCACAAGACGAAGGAUGCACCACGGGCACAGGUCCUAAUGGCUGCAGGGUGAAAGUGUUGGGUGUGGAAGGGGGACAAUUGGUCCGAGCGGAAGGACCAGUGUGUGCGGGACCUGAGCUGCUGGGCAGAUCCUUAGGGGGAGCACACUCUUCAUCGUGGUGAGAAUGAGGAAAAAGAAAACUUGAAAACUUCUUGAAAGGCUCAGGUCUCGAGCGGACUUUCGUGUCCGUGUUAGAGUAGGACUGAAAUGCUGCAUGUUGUAUGGCGACCAAGCAUACUGACUAGGUAAAUAUCAAGUAGUGGCUUUGUAAAAAAAACAUGAAAUAUAUUAUAGUAACAAUGAUAAUAAAACACGAAAGAAUAAUAUUGAUAACGACGAUAGCACAGUCCCUGAUCUGGACGAAUAACGUAGGAAUGAUAAAUGAAAAUUUCUCACCAGUGCCGCUUCAUUGCUCCAUCCACACACAUGGAGCAAGCAUAGAAACAUCACCCCUGUCUGAAGCUAAACCAAGACAAACGUAAACUCUUCCAAGUUACAGAAUGUCUAACCGUCUUUCGAGUUAUUCUGACCACCAUGCAAGAAAAUGCUCAACCGCUCAGCAGCAAUCUGUCUAUGGUACCAAAGAUAACGGGUGUUUCUCAGUCUAAAUUUGCUUGAGUAGGAGGAAAGAAUACGUUCUAAUUGUGAGGAGAUUAGCAUUUUUUAAAAAUUGGAAAUGCUGUAGACAAAUGGCUGUAAUAAUGAUAGUAGCUCAAACCCAGACAGCUUUACACAUGUACGGAAAUUUAGAUGAACACCUGUCCAGGCUUAUAAAGGGCAUAUUCACCGGUGUUCAAAAGAUCACGUUGUCUCCAGCUGAGACUGUACAUUCAUGCUUCCACUCUUUUUGGUUCUCAAUAACACGAAAAUGGGUUCUGGAAUCUCUUCACAAAUUUCCGUAUUCCCAAGCCACAUCAUAUUCCAUGAAUGCCAAUUCCUGAUGACAUAUGGGCAGAGCUUGUCACUGAAAUAAUGAUGAAAAAAACAACUGGAGUCUGUUCUCCAAGCUCAAUCAUAGACCGAUACUGUAAGUUAAGGCCAGACUACACUGUUCUUCAUGAUCUGUUUUCCGUUUGCUAAUUUUCUUCACAUUAUUAUUUCGUCUCUUACGUGUUAUUAGUUUCAUUAUUUAAAAACAAUAAUGAAAUGUAGAUGCAACCCCAAAAAAGGAACAAAAAAGAAAACGGUUUUGUCCAAACAAUGACUACGCUGAAGAAAGAAAACGGAAACAGACACACACAGUGAAGUCUGACCUUCGUGAUUACCGUUUCCCAAAUGCUGACGGUCAAAAAGAGGUGCAUUUUGUUCAAACUGUGGAGGCUACCACUUCUAUUCAAUAUGGUGUAAUAGAAAUAGAGAGAAAAAAAACAUGAAUUUAGAUUAUCUCUUUCUUAGAUUGAUGUGUUGUGAAUCAAGCUUUUUUUGAUGGUAUUGGUCUGGUUCAUGAUCUUCGAGUCGAUACCGGGUUCGAGCGAGAGAUUUACUGAAGCCUCGAAGCUCGCUGACUCAUGACGAUAAUGAACCAGACCUUUUUUGAGGGAGGAGGAAGAUUACAUAUUUUUGUAAAUGUGUACAUAUAUAUAAGUAGUGUUAAUCAUUAGGAUAGUCCAUUGCUUUAUUAUUUUAAUCGUAUUUGUGACACGAUGAUAUAUGCACCUUUGUUUUUAUUUCAUUAGCGGGACAACCCAUAUUUUCACAUCCUCUUGGGAACGAGAGGUAAAAAGAAAAAAAAAGAAAGAAAGAAAAA